AAAAUAAUAGAAAUAAUGGAAAAAUCAACUGAAUAUACAAAGUUCCUAUCCUCCCACGUGUCCAUCAUGACCACAAUGCUUGGGCUGGCGUUGGUUUUUCUAUUGUUUAUGUUUCCCAAAUUACGGCGUUCUUUCCUGCGCACUCUAUUCAAGAUCUUGAGAAAGAUUUCAGUCGGUGUUACCCUCAAAGGACAUGGCCGAAAGUUGUCGCCGGCAUCCGAAUGUAGACUGGCGAUGGUCAAAAGAAAAACUUUGGUACUGGACAUGGACGACACGAUGAUGAAGGCGAUUCUAAAGAAAAGCCUUGAAGCUGACAUUGAAAGGAAUGUCCCAUUCGAUUACCGCUUCACCUUGUUCGACAAUUACUACACAAUUUUUGUGUACAAGCGUCCCCAUUUGGACUACUUCCUGGACACGGUUUCCCAAUGGUACAACGUCAUGGUAUACACCACAGCAACAAAGUUCUAUGCUGAUCCCAUUUUAGACUUUUUGGAUAAUGGACGAGGAAUUUUGAAGAAGCGCAUGUAUCGCCACAACUGUAGAUGUAUUAGUAAGGUCAGGAUUAAGCCCUUGAGCCUUGCUUUUACCGACUUAUCCAGUGUUGUCCUUGUUGACAAUUCGAUAAUGGAGUGCACAUACAAUAAGGGGAAUGCCAUCAAAAUACCCAACUAUGUGAUCGGCAGUCUAAUCGAUAAUAAUCUACUGGCACUGCUGCCCUUUCUCGAUUGUCUGCGCUUUGUUGAUGAUGUCCGUUCUAUCUUGAAGGCGUCCAAUUAAGUCCAAGAAGCUGCCCAAAAUGAGUCU